CUUUGCGAGAAGAGCGUAUGUAAUCAGAUUAAAACAAAUAUUCAUACAGUACCUUAAUGGAUCUUCCGAACAAACGAAAGAGUUCUGGAUCGUAGCUUUCCAGGAGUUUGUGUGAGGACACUGCAAGCAAUCACCCAGAACCGGAAUUUGAUCUAUAUAGGCUGUUCAUCAGUCUGAUGUUAGUCCACACGUACUCGACUAUGGACCGAGCUGAUGGACUGACCGGCUCCACGCCGAGUGGCCGGCUCUCACAGCUCUCUUCACUAAAUCAAGCAGCCUACUCGUCGGCCCCUCCGCUUUGCCAUACACCGGCCUCCGAUUUCCAGCCUCCUUACUUCCCCCCGCCCUACCCGCAGCAUUCGCUCUCGUAUUCCCAGAGUCAAGAUUCCGGAUACCCACACCUACCGGACCCCUAUGCGUCCAUCAAUCCCAUCCAUCAGCACCAGCCAGCGGCAUGGCACUCACAGCGGUCUCGGCAGGAGGAAGCUGGGCUCUUAUCACAGUCUCAUCGGGCACUGAGCCUUGACCCCAGGCGGGAGUACCCCGGUGUAUCGCGACUUCUCCAUGGACUAGGGGAGGGGGCAACUGCGCUUGGAGAGGGACCUCUAGGAAUGCACGCAGUCAGUCAUCACAGUCUUGACGACAUACAGGUAAUGGAGGAGGGGUCAGCCCUGGGCAUCUUGGAUCACUCUGUCAUUAAGAAAGUGCCCAUUCCCUCCAAGCUGAAUGGAUCAGCCCUGUCUGCCCUCUCCCUCAGCAAAGAAGGGCUGGGUCUGGGAGGGGUGUCGAACCCGGCCGAGGUCUUCUGCUCCGUCCCAGGACGCCUGUCCCUCCUCAGCUCCACCUCCAAGUACAAGGUGACAGUGGGGGAGGUGCAGCGCAGGCUGGCCCCGCCCGAAUGCCUGAACGCCUCCCUGCUGGGUGGAGUCCUGCGCAGAGCAAAGUCAAAAAACGGCGGCCGCUGUCUGAGGGAGCGUCUGGAAAAGAUUGGCCUCAAUCUCCCUGCCGGACGGCGCAAGGCAGCCAACGUCACGCUGCUGACGGCGCUGGUGGAGGGAGAGGCCGUGCACCUGGCCCGUGAUUUCGGCUACGUGUGCGAGACGGAGUUCCCCUCCCGGGCCAUGGCAGAGUACCUGUGCAGGCAGAGUGACCCGGACCAGCUGCACACCCGGCGCAGCAUGCUGCUGGCUACCAAGCAAAUCUGCAAGGAGUUUAUUGACCUGAUGUCCCAGGACCGGUCGCCCCUGGGUGCGGGAAGGCCCACCCCCUGCCUGGAGCCCAGCAUCCAGGGCAACCUGACCCACUUCAGCCUGCUCACGCAUGGCUUCGGCACCCCUGCCAUCUGCGCCGCCCUCUCCGCCUUCCAGAGCUACCUGCUGGAGGCCGUCAAACUGCUGGACAAGGGAGAGGGGGGAGGCAAGGGCCAUGACAAGGACCUCAAGCACCGCAAGUAGCCCUCCCCCCCCACCCCCAACGACGGAGAAAUGGACUCACCCACACUGGCGCUCCUCCUGAAUGGAAGAGCGGAGUGAUAUUUAUUUAUCUUUCUGGCCCCUUUGCACCCACUUCU